AUGGUGGUUUCAGAGCAAGCACAAGGACAACUAGGAUUGUGGCUCGUUACUCAAUUUGUCGUUAACGCGUUGAACACGAAAGCGAUUCGCUGCAGAGUGUACGGGAUGGCGACGAUACGCAUCGGGUACUACGAUUCUAUUCGCCGUACCCGGGAUGAGAGUGUCGCGUUUAGGAAGAAAGGCAAGAAGUUGUACUUCCAUGUACUGUCCGAGACAAGUGCGUACUUUUAUAAAUCAUCAUUGCAUCGUAGUGGCAGACUAACUCUUUGUCUGUUUGCAGAAGAUGCUGCUUGCUAUUCGAAACUGACCUGA